UAAUUCUAUUAGUUUGCAAAUUUCAUCCACUUACAGCUGAAACAAAUGUACAGCGGUCUAGUCACAUUCGGGAGUCUGUUUUUUCUUUUAUUAUCAAGAAAAAAAAUUAAGACAGGAGUCAAAAUAGUAGCCAGAGAAAAUAGAGACAUUAAACCACGCGAAUCUUAAUUAAAAUGAAAAACUUUAACUCGUGGUGUACGUCUUGUAAAAUGCUUGGAGGGGAUCUUCAAUAUUGAACAAUUUGGACCCCGUGUUUCUCCAUGUGGUGCUCGUACUGCCGGUGUCCGCUAGGGGGGAGUCGUCUCCGUUCACUCGGGUGCUAGAGCAGGUGCGCCGAGGUGAAGCAGCGCGGGAGUGCUCGGGCGUUUCCGUCGCGACUCGGCAGCGAACCGCUGUGAAUGUGGGAAUGCGGUUGCCGGAGGCAGUGGGCAUUGCUGGACACUCGGCGGAGAUGUGCGUACAGAAGCAGGGGCACUCAGCGGCUGGCCGUUGUCCAAGUUAACGGGCUGUUUUGGGGAUGUGGGUGGGAGCCCCCGGACGGCUGGGUGUCGCUCGGAACAGGGCAGCAGGGUGUUUUUUUUUAAUCCCCUCCACCUUCCGUUGUACCGGGGAAAUUUUCUGCCUUGUAGGGGAGACGGAAUGAGCGACAAGCCAAGAAGGAUUCCCCAGCACUAUGGAGCCACGCAUUGCAGGCAGCUGUGAAAGGUGACGGUGACAUGAAAUGCAAAGCAUCUGACCCUCAACUCUAAACCUUUACCUGUUGCUGCUGCACAUAGAAGUGACUGUACGUAACGGCAUCAAGUUGUGGAGUUUGUGAAGCCAACAGCAGCAUCAUGUUCUACGGUUCUUCCUCGGGGGCCAGUAUGUCCCUGCCAUCCAAGAGCCGCCUGAAACGCCAGAGCAGGACCUUCACACAGGUCCUGUACCGCACUCUGAGUUACAGAGACCGUGUUCCAACAGAAACUGGAACAAACACUCGUGGGGACCGGCGCUCGACAACUGAACCCCCAGAGCGCCCGGCGGACGACCCAGCUGAACUUUCCACACAGAGCUCUGCCCCCGGGGUGCUGAAGAUUUUUGGAGAUGAAAUCUGUGCUGGUGCCAACUACAAGAGCGUCUUGGCCACGCCGCGCUCCAGCGCGCAGGAACUGGUCAAAGAAGCACUGGAGCGUUACUCACUCAACAAAGAUGCUGCUCACUCUUAUGUCCUGUGUGACGUGAUCGGACGCCUGGAGGGGGGAGGGGGCAUAGGAGGAGGGGGGUGGCGGACUGAGUGCCUGCGUGCGCUGGGGGACAAUGAAAAGCCGCUGUUGCUCCAGGAGCUGUGGAAGCCCCGAGAAGGCCACGCUCGCAGAUUUGAGCUGCGCAGGAGAGCAGAGGUGGAGGAACUCAACGCCAAGGAGAAAGAUACCAUCACUGCUGGGCCCAAAACUCCCCAAUUCCUGGCGGCUCUAAUGGGUCGGUCCGGGUUUGGCAAACACAGGAGCUCCCCCCUACGGUGUGGUCGAGUGGUACAGUCCAGCUCUAAAGAUAUUAAUGCUCAAGCUCGUAAGCUCCAGAGGAACAGGGCGAAGGGGACACUGACCCUGCCCCGGUCCAGCAACUCAUCCUUCUGCCGCAGCCUCAGUGAAACCAGCCUCAACCAGCUGGGAGUGGGAGACGAGCCCAAACGUUAUUACUCCACCUUGCCAGGACCCUUAAGGGCCCGAGAACGUGAAGUGGCCUCCAGUGGCCGGAGGAAAGAGGAGGGGAGUCAGGGAGGAGGAGGGGUGAGGCACUCUCUGUACCAGUCGCCACACCUCCUGCUGCUGCAGGGUUACAAUCGGCAGGACUGCCUGGUGUACCUGCUGAACAGAGAGCAGCAUACAGUCGGCCAAGAGACUCCAUCAGCUCGUCCAAACAUCUGCCUGUUUUCUCCUGACAUCCUGCCGCUCCACUGCCGCUUGCGCAGAGUGCCCGCGCCCCGUCGCCAUGCCAACAACAACAAGGGAGAAGAGUUGGCGGAGAGUCAGCGGUUCUGUGUUGCUGUCGAGCCCGUGCUCCACGCCACAGUCCUGGUGAACUUCUCCCGCUGCGAGCGCUCCACCACGCUCCGACACGGUGACCUCCUCUCUUUCGGAGCGCAUUACAUCUUCCUGUACAAGGAUCCCACAGGUGCUAAGCCUCUCCCUGCUCAGACCUUGGCACGCCUUCGCACCCUGGGGCAGCUUUAUGAUGCAGGGGUGGAGGAAGGAGAGGGCGGGGCUCCGACUUGUAAGAUGUGUGGUUCCGUGCUGAAGGACAGAGCAGCACAGGUGUCGAGUGCUCCAGCGGUGAGACGCAGCUUCAAACCUCACCUGGUGAAACCCCGCAGCGGGGGGACAACAGCAGGAGGACCCCUUAGUUUGUCAGGAGGGGAAGGAGGCGGAGGUGGAGGAAGAGGAGGAGGAGGAGGUCAGAAAAGGAGGCUACAGCUGGAGUUUGACCAGGCUCAUGAAGACCAGCUGUUGAACAGAAUCGUGUCCCUCAUAGAACCUGGAGGAGACGACCACAAGCUGACACCAGCCUACCUGCUGUGUCUGUGCAUACAACAUUCUGCCUCAACCUUCCCACCGGGGAGUUUUGGAAAAUUGCUGCUCAAGAUCGUUCGGCGAAUCCAGACCAUCGCAUGGGAGAAGACAAAGGAGCUGGCUCAGAAGCAAGCUCAGCACCAGGACCCGGCCUCUCUGUCUCUGCUCAGUAUCUCAGACUUGAUCCCGGACCUGCAGACCAUCUUCUUCUGGAUGUCCAACUCCAUCGAGAUCCUGUACUUCAUACAGCAAAGAGCACCAGCGUACACACACAGCAUAGAGACACUGCAAGGGUCAAAGGAGUCGUUGCUAUCGGCGACCAUAUCAGCCAAUGAGGAGGCAAUGACUAUCCUGGAAGAAGUGAUCAUGUACACUUUCCAGCAAUGUGUCUACUAUAUCACCAAGGCUCUUUAUGUAGUGUUACCAGGUUUGUUAGACUGUAAUCCAUUCCCAGUCGACAGCUCUGAGCCCUGCUGGAAAGGAGGUGUAGGGUUUCCUGAGCCUGUGCGCAGGGUCCUGCAGGUGUUUCAAAAUGCUCAGGAGCUUUUGCAGGGCUACCAGGUCCACCCGGAGAUCCAGGCUCAGAUGUUUGCUUACCUCUUCUUCUUCUCAAACGUGUCACUGUUUAACCAGCUAAUGGACAAAGGUCCAUCCCGGGGUUGGUUCCAGCGGUCCAAGGUCCUGCAGAUUCAGGCGUGUUUGCGAAUGGUCAUGGAGUGGGCGAGCAGGUCCGGUCUGGGACACCUGGCUGACAAAUUCUUCACCAAACUCAACAGCACUGUGUCCAUCCUGGCCACGCCCACACAACAGCUUAAACAGCUGAGUUGGCGAGCGUUGUCCAGCGAGCACCCAACUCUGAAACCAGUCCAGCUGCACAGGAUCCUCACUCAGUACCAGCUCACAGCAGAGAUAGGCCCUGUCCCAACAUGGCAGCCGAGUAGCGAGGACGAGGCUUACAUAUACAGAACAGUGGACCUCCUGGAGAGCUUCGAGAACCACCCUCCCAUAGUGUUGCCCAGUGCCGGCUUCAGAGUGGACUUGGACAGCGAAUGCGUGGAAGACAGCAUCUACAGACAGCUGCUCUACAUCCGCCACUACCUGUGGGGGCUACGCACCAAGACGCAAACACACGCCAACGCUCCCAGUGUGCACACACACUCCAACGGAACCAACACAGCGGACUGGCCCGACGUCCAGAGGGAGCUGCUGCCUCCGGCCCACAGCAGUCCCCGCUCUGGGGGUCCCGGGGACGAGGUGAUGCCAGAGACAGGGGAAGAGAGAGGACGAGACAGGCCCUCAGGCCAAACACAUACACACAGCCUCCGAAGGAACGGCACCAUUCACCACACACGAACGGCAAAUCCAGACCCGUCCUGCCUCCUGACCCCUCCCAACACCCCGCUGUACCCGGAAGGAGGAGGAGGAGGAGGAGGGACGAUCAUAGGCCCCAACACCCAGACUAAUGGCUGCACCAGCAGAACUGUUGCAGAAUGUAAGAAGACCAACGGACUCCUCACCAACGGACUGGAGGUGGAACUGGAUAAAGGACCCUACGGACUGGGCAUGGGACUCAUAGACGGCCUGCACACUCCACUCAACGCUCCAGGCAUUUACAUCCGGACUCUGAUCCCUGACGGACCUGCUGCCUCUGACGGCAGACUGAGGAUCGGAGACCGCAUCCUGGCAGUGAACGGGACCAGUCUGAUAGGAGCAGACUACCAGAGCGCGGUGGAUCUGAUUCGUCUGGGAGGAGGUCGACUGCGUUUCCUGGUAGCCAAGUCAGACCCUGAGGUUUCAGAGAAGAUCAGUGCCUCCUCCUGCUGACUGCCUCCACUACCCAGCUAAGACACGCACACACCACACCAAAGUGAGGGAUACAGAUGUGUGCACUGAUGAACAGGGUACACACAAAAACACACAGACCUAUGCGUACAUACGCCGCAUGAAAUAUGAAUGUGAAACCAAACGUCAACACAGCACAAAGCCAAGCAAUCAAACUGGAGAUAACGCUCCACGACUCCACUCCACAGCUGCCAGACCUGCCUCCCUCACGCUGACUCCUACAGAGUCUGUGUGACAGACAGAAUCUGUAACCUGUCGUGACAUCAAAGGAAUAUGCUGCAAGGAAAGUUGCCUAAUUAAUCAGCGUUUGAGGUGGGCGAGGUCUAACCAGCCAGUAUGCAAUCUGAUGUGGUUUAAAAGCACAGUAGAUUGUAGGGUUUUAAUUUCUCAUCAGUCAGCCCUUGGAGCAUGUGAGCAUUGGACUUUUUCCACCUGUAUUUUAGAGUAAUUUGUGUUAGUAAUUCAGGCAUUAAGUAGCAUGGUAAAAUAGCUACCCAGCUCUCAGACAAAAUGGACUCGAUGUACUUGACGAGUGGAGACAACCUCAGUGAAAGCUGGAUGUUGUACACAGUGCUUUGAGAGUGGAAUGUUUUAUAAACCCCUUUGUUAGCAACUCCCAAAGCAUUAUCACAGUCUGCUAGACAGACAUUAAACCGUUGUGUAUGAAUGUUGACUUUCAAACUGGAGAACAGGUGAGGCAGGCAGAGAAGGCAAACUCAAGAAUGUCAAGACGUACAACCCAGCUCUCCGUUUUCACAUUUAACCUCAUUGUUGAACUUUCCUCCGCUGAAAAAAAAAGCAAAAAAAAAAAAAGAUGAACUCUCGAUAGCUCGACACGCACAGCAGAUGUGCAGCCGUGGUGGAACAUUGUUUAUUAAUCUUCAGAUCGUUACCACAUCAUGCUUCAGUCCAGAGUUUCUGAUGCACAAUCCUGGUGUGUAUAAACCAACACUUUUCUUGUUAAUAUAUGCUGUAUGUAUCCGGUUAAGAGGUGUAAAUAAUUGUUUGUACAUAUUUAACACUUGGUCACAUACUGUUUGGACAAAAGAGAAAGUGCAUUUGGGAAACUAUUCAAUCUUUUUUCUGAAAUAAUGAUGGGUCAGUAAAUAUUGAAACUUACUGAUGGUAAAAAAGAAACAAUAUUUUCUUGUAGGAGAGAAAUAUAGUUAUGGGUUGUGUAAAUUUUCUAAAAGUUAUUCAUUCAUUUGAAUACAGAUACAGGUUGCACGCUGUAGAACUGUUCGCACAGGUCGUUAAAGAGUCACUACAGCUAAAUUACAAAAAGAAGGCGACGUCUUAAGGCAGGUUUAUACUUCUGCAUAGGACACAAGUGGCCCACACCAUUGUGAGCAUUUAUAUUUGCGCACUGGUGUGUUUGCAUCAUUCUGCAGUUUUUUUAUGCCACUGUGUUGAGUUUCUUCACACUUCAACAAUGGCGACUGAAGCUGAGUG